GUCCUAUUUGGAGAAGGAGGGUUGCAGCAUCCUGCUGGGGCGCUCUCGUUUUAUAUUCCUGGCUCGCCUCCCACAUACACGCGUGCUCGCACGCCUCUCUUGGAUUGUCUCCCGCCUUUCGCUUCCCGAUCCCUAACCUCGAGACGUCGCCAUCAGCGAAUGAUGGACAGCUGACGACGUUGGAUUCUGCCGAGAGCAAUCCAUCCACCUUACUGUCUCUUCUUCCUGACGUCUCGGUUCCAUUCCCCGGUUGAUGCUGAGCUGAACCGGGCUGGACUUGGCCUGCUGGUGUUUUGCUUUUUUUUUCCUCUUCCGCGCCAUGGAUCCUUUCCGCGAUCCACCCGCAGACAGUCUUGCUGCGGCCCGUCUCCAUGUGCAGGCUCUUACCGAGUGCGGUUUGUCACGAGAAGCGCUGCUGCAGGCGUUGCUGGAGGAUUUCGGCGAUGGGAACGCGACGGUGAGCAUGGAGGGGAGCUUUCCCCAGCAGGGGGCGUUUCAGGGACAGCAGGCUGUCCAGGAAAAAGCAGGACAUCAGGGCAGCUUCCAUACCCGGUUCUCAAUCUCGACAACAAGUUCCAAGUCGUCAGGGAGGGCGAGCGUCUUGUCUACGGCUACUUCGAUGAGCUCGGUGUCCUCCCAGGCGGGUUUUGGGGGAGGAAUCCAGGAGGUUGCCGUACCGCCACCACCGCCCGCGCCGCCCGUUAAGUCCAACAAUCGGGGGAGUUCAAAGACGCAGGGCGCUUACUGGUGCACUUUUUGCGACGUCGCCUUUCAGCGCAAAUUCGACUGGAAGCGCCACGAAGACGAGUUUCACGAGCGGUACAAGCGCUAUCCCUGUCCCAACUGCAACCGCAUUUUCUGGGGAGCCAACACCUUCAACCAACAUCACAAAAACGCGCAUGGGUGUACCACCUGCCCACAUGCCGACCGCGUGGUGAAGUACACACAGAAGAAGACCGCGUGGGCAUGCGGCUUCUGUGGUGGAUUCCUUGCCAGUCGGGAUCGCUAUUUCGACCACGUCGCUCGGCACUACGAAGAUGGCUGCAACAAGUCUCACUGGAACCACUCCCUCGUCAUCUACGGCCUCCUGCACCAGCCAACCAUUAUACACGCAUGGAAAGAACUUGACUCGGAGCUUUACGGCCACCUGCCGCGCAACCAACAGCCCAUGUUCGAAUGGGAUCCCAAGACAACAGGUCACGCCCAGGGGUUCCUCGAGGGUGAGAGUCCGGGGAAGCUGCAAGAUCUCCUGGAGUUCUUCCGUGAGGGCCGGGACGAUCCUAAGUUCCUCGCCCAUCUCGCUCAUGAUUUGGCCACCAUUCGACUCCGAAGCGAAGUGCAACCGACUGUCUCGUCUGUGCCAUCCCCCGCAUCCUCGACCACACGCCCGAGUUCUGAGCCGCCGAACCACAAGGCCCCAAUGAAGUCACCGCCCCUGACAAAGCACAUAUCCGCGCCCCAACAGCAGCGACCACAGCAAGCGCUCCCACCACCACCGCCACCGCCACCGCCACCAUCAUCAUCCUCAUCAUACGGUGAACAACACUAUCAAGCGAAGCAAUGCAACAUUGCACCCCUCCCUUCUACCUUCCCGCCGAAAAAUAACCCCUUCUUCAGCCUUCCCCAGCAACAGGAACAGAUACCCCAACAGCCUCAAGGAGUGCUGUCCCCUUUUGGACAACCCAUGAUGGGCGCAGGCGCGGGCCCUUACUACGACCUAUCCAUCACGCACGUUCGUCCACACAUGCAGCUGCUCUCGCAAAUGCCGCCGGAGCAACAGCGGCAGAUACAGCAAGAGCAGCAGCAGCAGCAGCAGCAGCAGCAGCAGCAACAACAACAACAACAACCGCAGCCGCACCUCCUGGCGCCGAUGAAUGUCUACGAUGACUGGAGCAGCAUGGCGGGGACCGUCGUCGAUGACUCGGUGUUUGCGAGUGCCAUGGCCAUGGGAUGGCAACAUCAGCAGCCUCAGGAGCAGCAGCAGCAGCAGCAGCAACAACAACAACAACAACAACAAUAGCAAUGAUAUUGGUAAGGUGGUUUGGCAGGUACCAUGACAUUCCGAAGUCGGGAUAAUGAAAUUCUGGCAGACAUGCUGGUACAUUCGCGAAAGGGGGGCGGUCUAAAGCUAGAACCCCCAAUUUUUUUUUUUUUUUUUACAUUCUUCAUCGCCCCGUGCAAGUUCAUUCAAAGGCACGUUUUCUUUUCUUUUCUUUUUGCCACCAAAUAAGUUGGAUUGUGUAUAUAUAAGCAUUGUACUUCUACUUCCGCAAUAUGUCUGGGAUGGCUGGGCUGUCCAGGCAUAAAGGUCUGAGUAUUUUGUCUUUUCAAUUCUUUCCUUUUGUCCAACAAAAAGAAAACGAGCAAUGCGAAAAGGCAACCUAUUAAUGGCAAAAUCUGGGUUCUGGGCGCGGGCCGGUGACCCGCAUUUCCUGUGCUGAAGAGCAGCGUUACGCACUCGUCGUUUGUACGUCCGUACUUGAAUCUGAACCCUAAAGAAAUGAUGUAACCACGCGCUAUAAUGAUGUGGUCACUAUAAGCCGAUCCUUGCCCUAUCUGCCACUCCCACGCCGAUGGGACC